AGCUCAUCGCACCCAAGACCUGGAAAUAACCAGCGGACCGAAUGUGAAAGCUAUAUCGGAGGACGUAGAGACAACUGCGGUGAGGAUGGAGGGGACCCCGGAGAAGCCUAAAGCCCCCCAUAAGAAAUACCGCAUCAAACUGAAGCUCCCACAGUUAACGCAGUUGGCGCGUCCGAAGUUCAAACCAAAACGCAGCACCGAGCAGAGCGACUCUCUACCCGGCGCUGACCUGUUAGUAAGCGCUUCAGAGACACCUUUGAGCUUCGGGGAGCUGUUGGAUCAGAAUUCCCUUGCGGAGGCGAGCCGAUUGCUGAUCAACCGCGAGGACCAGCUCUUCAGACGGGUGUCGGCAGAACCAGACCCCAGGUCCCUGCAGCAGGCCCCAGGCUUUCAUGGAGGCGCUGAGGAAGAGAAGGGGGAAGACGAUGAAGAUGUUCUACAGAAGGACCUUGAGGCUCUGAUGUUUAAUGUGUGGACGGUCGUCCACAGCACCAUAACCCCCCCUAGCUCCAACUCCUCCUCCUCCACCUCCUCCUCCUCCUCCUCCUCCUCCACCUCCACUUCCUCCUCCUCCCAGGAUGACCUGCGCCUCCUGCAGAGUGCAGUGAGCGUCAUCCUCCAGCAGGAGGCGCAAGACAAAUGCUGGGAGGAGCAGCGGAAGAACGAGGAGCGUGGUGGGGGUAGCGAUGGGGGAGGAGGAGGUGGAGGAGGAGGAGGAGGAGGUGGGGUGAACCUUCCUGACUGGCGCCCGGUAGAGUGCCUUAAAACCCACAGGGAGCUGCUGGCCGCCAUGGUGGAGUCUAGGCUGAACAGCGCCGUCCUACCGGACGGCGUCGGGGCGACCACCCUUUCCAGCGAGGCCAAGAAGGAGCUGUGUGGCCUGGGGAAGAGGCUGCAGGAGGACCUGCUGGUGGUGGUCCGGAAGGUGUCCCUCUGCUACCCAGAGGAGCUGGCCGUCGCCGAGCUCUACGCCGCCCUGUACCACCGCGGCUUCGCCAGCCGGCUGACCGCGCUGGCGCGCACCCCGCUGGGGCUGGACGACUGCAGCUACCUGCUCUUCUGGGUCAAUGACUACUACUCCAAGGCGAUCUUGAAGCACGAGGAGCUGCAGUCUGUCUUCACCCACGCUGAACUGGGAGCUCUGGUCCCUCAGAAGGAGCUGAACCAGCUGGAGGACCAGUACCUCACCCAUAAAGAGGGUCAGGUGGGGGCAUGGCUUGGUUCUGCCCUGGCCAGUGAGCAGAAGAGCUGGCAGAGAGGACCCGAGAAGAUGGACCUCUACUGGUUCAGCCCUCUAGCUGUGGACACGCUACAGGUACCACCGCAUGCUAGGGGCUGUGUGUGUGUGUGGUUAUAG